CCACCGCGUCCCGGUCCCGAUCCCGGACGUAUCCGGCCAUGACUACGCGUACGUUUCCUCCCACGCGUGCCUUCUGGAAGGGACGAUCCCGUCCCGUUGAUUGGUUGCCCGAAGCGGGGCCGCGCAUGCCCCUAUAAAGCCCCGCCAUUCUCGCCCCGACUGACCGCAGGAGAAGCUUUUUGUUCGUCUCUUGAUCGAGAUCGUCUUUGAUGGAGCGCAAGAACUCGUUCGGCUCGUCGUGGGCGGACCAGUGGGACUACGGCAGCGACCCGGCCCCGCGGGCCGGCGGGAAGAAGCAGGGCGGCGUGGAGAAGACCAAGGCGGCCGCGGCCACGGGGCUGAAGAAGGUGAAGGAGGGCACCGCGCACGGCUUCCAGUGGAUCAAGGGCAAGGUGCAGAAGAAGAAGCAGGGCGCCGCCGGCGCCGGCGACGACGCGGCCGCCGGGUAUUAGGCAGCCAGGCUCGGCUGAUCCCUGGAGGAUGGAAUGGAUGGAUGGAACGCCGAUCGAUCGAUCGGCCGAUCUGUUGGUUUCUUGCGUCGUUUAAUUGGUUGUGUACAUAUAGUUUUUGCCGUUCUUCGAUUCAGGCUUUGCACCACCACGUAGUAGAUCAGCGAUCGUUUUAGAUCUCUGCUUAUUGAUUGGUUCUUUCUUCUUCCUUGUGUCCUGUUCUCGAUCGAUCCGAUGAAAUUUGCUGCUGAUUAGUUUCGUCCACUCACGCUCGCGAGCAGAUGCCUGAUUGGUGCGUGAUCUUCAGGUUUGCGGGCUGCCACCUCCGGCAAAUUUCAGUUCAACGUUUUUUUUGGUUUUGUUAUCUGAAUUCUGAGUAGAUGCUGCAGAGCCAUGUGAUGGUGGAAAGGUCAGUAUAUGGGAGUUUGCAUCUAGUACAGUUGCAUAGUUCCAUUUCGUCCUUCACAGAUGAAAUGACCUCAUUUUUCGUCCA